AGACACUCCUUAGUCCACAGCCUAGCAGGGGACGCAUCCCAGUUGGAGAACUGAGUGUCAUCCAGUGGAGUCAAGGUCUGGUUCACGGUCACAGCUCCGCGAUGUCCUCCCAGCAGAGUGCGGUUUCCGCCAAAGGCUUUUCCAAGGGGUCUUCCCAGGGCCCCGCCCCGUGCCCCGCCCCGGCGCCCUCGGUGACCCCCGCCGCCUCGUCCUCCUGCUGCGGUGGCUGCGGUGACAACGGCUGCUGCGGCGGCUGCGGCGGCUGCGGAGACUGCGGGUGCUGCGGCACGACCUCCACCGGCUGCUGCUGCUUUCCGAGGAGGCGUCGCCGGCAGCGGAGGAGCGGGUGUGGGUGCUGCGGAGGUGGCAGCCGGAGGUCUCAGUGCUCCAGCAACACCCAGAGCGCUGGCUGCUGCGGCAGCUGCUGAGGCCACUCGGGGAAGAGGUUUUCGAGAGCCACCGGCCCACCCAGAGAGCGUCCUGCCGUGUCCUGCUGCUCCCGUCCGCCUCCCAUCGCUAGGCUCCUGUUCCGGUCUGUGCCUAUCAAGCUAACUGCACUUAGAAGUCCAGAAACCCACCCUGUUCUCAGCUCCACAUAACUCCCUGAUCCCAUAUGAUUUUCCUCCCUGGGAACCUGAGAGCCAUGGUGGACUCUAGGGUCUGCAUGGACACUGCACUCUACUGUUUGUCUAGGCUUGCACACAGGAGGUACUCAGUAACUGCCUAUUGAUUUGAUUGUCUUAAAGACGUCAUAAUAAAAUUACCUCCUGAGAACACAA